CUGUCUGCGAAGAAGUAGGUGACUAUAUAAACUAACAGCUUGUAAACAAAUCGUCUUGCCAUUUUGAGCGGGUUGUGCGUGUAAAACUAGCAAGUAUGAAGUCUGGUAUCCUAGGGCUGUUUCUCUUGUCAUCUCUCUUAGCCAAUGUCUCAGCCGUGUCCAUCGUCAAACGACAAAUAGAGGGCGCUCCAUUACGAAUUAGCCAGAAUGACGCAGACUUGUGCAAAGAUCGACCUCCUGGCGAAUAUUUUCGUCUUUCUUCAGAGGAAGAUUGUCGCAACGUUGUCAGAUGUUCGACACAGGGUAUACUAAUGUUAACCUGUCCAUCUGGGCUUAUCUUUGACAUCGAGAGUCAGACGUGCAACUGGAGAGACGAGGUCAAUAACUGUGAUCAAACGGAAAAGAAGAAAUUAGCUACGCCCCUCUUUUCCACGAACGAACCAAUCUGUAGUAAUAAUAAACUGGCUUGCGGGAAUGGGGAUUGCAUUGAAAGAGAACUUUUCUGCAAUGGAAUCCCAGAUUGUUCCGAUGGAUCUGAUGAAAACGCUUGCAAUGAACAUGAUCCCAACAAAGCACCACUUUGUGAUCAGAGCCAAUGUAUACUUCCUGAUUGUUUCUGCUCUCCUGAUGGAACCCAGAUCCCAGGGAAACUGGAACCGAACAACAUUCCUCAGAUGGUAACCAUCACUUUUGACGAUGCUGUCAACAUCAACAACUUGGCUGUAUACCACGAUAUAUUCAGAGAAGGACGUAACAACCCAAAUGGGUGUUCCAUUAAAGCCACGUUCUUUGUUUCUCACAAGUAUACCAACUAUUCUGCUGUACAGGAGCUGCACAGGAAAGGUCACGAGAUAGCAGCUCAUUCCAUCACUCAUCGUAAUAAUGAAAAAUACUGGACCAACGCUGACGUCGACACUUGGGCAAAAGAAAUGGCCGGCUCUCGGCUGAUUAUCGAGCGUUUUGCGAAUAUCACCGACAACUCCGUAGUCGGUGUACGUUCUCCUUACCUCCGGGUGGGUGGCAACAGCCAAUUCAGCAUGAUGGAAGAACAAGCCUUCCUGUACGAUUCCUCCAUUACUGCUCCUCUGAGUAACCCUCCGCUGUGGCCUUAUACACUGUAUUUUAGUAUGCCUCACAAGUGUCAUGGUAACGGGCAGCACUGUCCUACGCGUUCUCAUGCUGUUUGGGAGAUGGUUAUGAACGAGUUGGACCGACGGGAUGACCCCGAUUUUGAUGAACAGCUAGCUGGUUGUGCCAUGGUUGACACUUGUAGCAACAUCAUCACACGUGACCAGUUCUACAACUUCUUGAACAACAACUUGAAACGUCACUACAACACCAACCGAGCCCCUCUGGGCCUUUAUUUCCAUGCAGGAUUCUUAAAGCUCAACUCCAAAUUCCUGGAGGCUCUAAUGACCUGGAUAGACGAGUCCUUGGAGAAGAAUGACAUCUACUUUGUGACCAUGACGCAGGUUCUCCAAUGGAUGCAAAACCCAACUGAGCUCAGCUCCGUCCGAGACUUCGCUUCUUGGAAGGAGAAAUGCGACAUUAAAGGCCAAGCUUACUGCAGUCUUUCUAACGCUUGUCCCCUAACCACCAGGGAGUUGCCCGGAGAAACCAACAGAUUACACACGUGCAUGGAAUGCCCCCACAAUUAUCCUUGGCUAGAAGACCCUACUGGCGAUUUUUUUGCUUUUAAAAAAUAAACGCGUAAAAUAAAAUAAAUUAAUAAUAAGAGCUGUACUGGUCAUUCCGAGAUCUUGCUUCGUUCUUUUUAUGUCAAAUACGCCUGUUAUGCAGGUUUUAAAUACUAUAAUUAUUCUUAUUUUGUCAACCCCCCUCUACUUUUUAUUUACGGACUCUGAUGGUAUUAAACCAGGAUAUUAUUACCUAUCUGACUGCCACAGGGAAAGGAAUAGCCUAGUUUUGAUAUGUAAAUAUGUAAGGUGGGGAACUUAAUAUUACUCCACGUGCCCCUAAGUGAUUUUGUAUAUAGACCCCAUAUUGCGUAUUUUCAGAAAUUUCAAAUAUUUAACCCUUCCACCCAGUUAACCCAGAACCUAUUCGCACAGUACUGACGUCAUCAGGCAAAGUCGGUUUUCAGUUGUUCAAGAAGAACUGUACAGCUGUCAUUGUACGAAUUUUGGGCAACUGUACGGCUGUGAUUCUAAUAAAAUGUUUACUGUGCA